AUGGACAUCCAACUGCCGCCCGAGUUUCCCCAGUCGGCCGUCGACCAGUUCGACCUGCUUCGCGAGCAGGGUCUCCUCUUUUACUUUCCCACCGACGGCGAGGUUGUCCAGCACAAUGGCUUCAACUUCGAAUUCAAGACGUCUCCAUCCAUCGCCCGCAAACCCAUCCUUGCCGCCGAUGCUCCGGAGCGACGUGGAAAGGGCGGGCCCUUUGUCGAUCCGGACCCGGCCUUCGUCGUGGCCCGCCCCGGCCCCGACCAUGUUGUCGAGCUGAGCAUGCACGCCAUGAUUCGUCCACACUAUGUGCUGCACACUCGACUGUUUGCACCGCAGACGGACGACCUGGACGCUGGCGACUGGGCGGCGACGUGGGCCGUCAUGGCUGCCAUCCGGGACCGCGGCCACCAGCCGCCCAUGAUGAUCUACAACUGUGGCUAUGAGGGUGGCGCCUCCCAGGGCCACAAGCACGUUCAGGUGUUCACGGAGCCGGACCCGGGCUUUACUCUCUUCCCAGUCGAGGCGCUUGCUCUGGCCGAAAAGGCGUCCGGCAACAAGACAACGACAGCGUCGAGAGAGAACGCACCCAUCGUCCAGCACCCGACCGUGCCGUUCCAGCACUUUGUCCAGCGCCUGACAGGACCCAUCACACCCGACUACAUCCUGGCCGUCUACCAGCGCUUGCUGGCCGAGGUGCGCCGCGCGCACAAGGAACACGUCGAACGGAAGCUGGUACAAGCCACGAACGGCACGAACGGCACGAACGGGACCAACAGAGCCAACGGAACCAAUGGCAACAAGACGCACAAGAAGAGCGCCAGCGGCACGCCCGGCCACAGCACACCCGCCCUCGAUGACCUCCCUGAAUCCGCAACGGCCAACAACGUCAUCAUGACUCCCGAGUGGAUGUGCAUGAUCCCCCGGCGCCGCGGCGGCAAAGACGGCACCGGGGCCGGCUCGCUGGGCAUGCUGGGCAUGCUGUGGCUGAAGAACGCCAAGGAACGCGCGCACUGGGAAGAGCUGGGCAUGACGGAACAUUAUGUGUGGAUGGGUCUGCCGAGGUAUGAUCUCAAGUGA